CCAGGAGUCCUGAGCCCCUGUGAAUACUGUCACAACUGCAGCAGCUUCUUCCCGGAGGCACAGGAACCGACCCGCACAGGACGUCUACUGAACAGGGGCCAUGCCCCGCUCCAGGAAUCCCAGCCCAGGGAUGUCCCGGCACAGCAGCGACUUCUGUGGUCUCAGCCCAGCAGAGACCCCGAGGGUCCCAAGGAAGCCUCCCGCAGAUAAGAGAGCCCAAUCCUUGGACCGGCAGGUUCCCAAGAAGGACUCUGAGUCCUCGAACUCCAAGCCCCCCUCCGGGCCCACUUACAGGAAGGCGCUUCGUCGGGCGGCCAGCGAUGGGACCAGAGCUUCUGGGAGCCCAUGUCACUUUGCAGAGGCCCAGGGAGCUGCGGCCCCAGUCCUCCCUCUGGGAGAGGAGAGUGAACUUCUCCCCUGUGAGCCGGGACCCCCAGAAGACACCAAGAAAGAGAAGCCCCCGAAGCAAGCCCAGCAGAGCUGGAUGAGUGUGUUGCUGAACAUCUUACUCCUGAGGGUUGGCCUGGAGGAGCCCAGGGAAAAAGCCAGCAGGAAGUCCAAGGGGAAAGGGGAGGCGAGCAAGCUCCCAGAGGCAGCCGAGGAACCGGGCCUCAGGAAGAAAUCUCAGGAGAAGAAGAGCGGUCGCAAGAAACACAGUCACCGGAAGCCGGAGCCCACAGGACCCCGGAACUCAGAGGCAGAAGGCCAAGAGGACACACUGCCCAGCGUGGCUCCCUCACACACCGAGGAGGUGGACCUGGGGCUGAUCCGCAGGGGGAGCCCAGAUUCUGAAGUCCCCCCGGCUCUGCCCGCUGAGGGAGGCUGUGCUGAAUCCUCAGAGAGUUCUGCCCAAGCUGCAGGUCCCCCGUCAGAAGAGGAGCCCCAAAAGCCUGACCAGGAUGAACUCAUCUGGAAGAUAGUGGAACUGCUCAAGGAAGCAGGGGACCGUUUGGAGGAAGAGCAAGCGCAAGUCCCUCAGCCGGAAGUGGCUCCACGAAAGCCAACGCCGCCGCCCCCCAGGAAGAAAUCCCAGGAAAAGAAGUCCAGUCUGAAGAGAGCCUUGUCCCUCAAGAGGCUUGCCCCCGAGGAACCCAAGCGAGUGGGUGCAGCCACUGCCCUUGGCCCAGAAACCCGUCCCAAGAGGCCCAGCUUCCUACCCCUGUGUAUUAGCAGCCAGCGACCUUCCACCUCCAGCAUCCAUGACUCAGAGGAGCCGGGAUUCCAGGAGGUCCUGUCUGUAGACGGUGGGUGCUCACAUCCCUCUGAACUUCACACCCCAGCAGACGGUCAUGGACCCGCGGCGGAGAAGCCGUCGAGGGACAGAGCCUGGGAAUCCAGAGAAUUCAGGCGGAAGAUCCUGGCCCUACUCAAAAACGCAGAGGAACAGAAGGGAGAGCAGCAAGCUCAAGUCCAGGAGGCAGAGGAGGCUGGAGAAAACCCCGCCCCAGCCUGCAAGGUGAAGUCACACGGGAAGAAGUCCAACCUCCGACGGGCCUUUUCCCUCAGGAAACACGGUUCCAAGGAUUCCAAGAGGACAGAGGCCUCGGGGUCUCCGGGUGCUGCCAGCCCGGAGGCCCGGCCACCCAAACGGCACAGCUUCCUGCCUAUGUGUGUCAGUGGCCACAGAGCUUCCAUCUCCAGCGGCCCAGAAGACCUGGAGUUCCAGAAGCAGGAGGCUGCAGGAGGAGAACCAGCUGGGUCCCCAGAAGUACCUGUCCAGGCCAGAAGCCGCACGCCAGAUGAGGAGCCUCUACCAGAGGGACCCUGGGAAUCUAAGGAGUCCGUCAUCCAUAAGUUGGUGGAAGGUCUCCAAGAGGUGGACAGAGAGCUAGGGAGGCAGAUCCGGCAGUACCCCAGCUUCAGGAAUUUUUUAAAUGAGUUCUCGGAUGCCUCCCUCAGGAAGCUGGUGGCCACCCUAGACAGACAGAAGGCCCGCCUCUCGGAGGAGGACAGGAGCCUGGCCAGCAGACCCCCACCGUGCGCCUUUGGCUCACUCAACAAGUUUGCCGCCAACCACAGCUGUGCCAUCUGCACCCUCAUGCAGUCCAGAGGCCAGUACCGGGGGCACAGCUACGCCCACUUCCUGUCCAGGAAGGCCCAGCAGAGCAUCUCGAGUCCCGCUGGUCAGAGUCCGGACUGAAGGCCGCCGCCGCCGCCGCCGCCGCCGCCGCAUCUCAUACCCAAGUUCUGCCCGACUAGCCGGCGGCCAGCAGCAGCUUUGGCACGGAGACCCCGAAGACACGCAGGACGGCCUGGUCUGUGCUUCCCCAACACACCUGGAGAUGAGCCGGGGGACAAUGACGCUCUGCGCAGUCGGCGCUGUCUGGGGAUGCUUUUCUUCCUGGAAGCUGGACCAGGAGGCCAACUGGGGUGGGGACUGGGUUGGGGUUAGGAGAGCCGGCUCCACCCACUGAACCUGAGGAGAGGUCUCACCUCUGCAUCUCUCCAUCCCACUGUCAUGACGGCUGACUGACACCGGCCAGAUCCGGCUUUCAAUGAGUAUUAUCUAGGGUGUGUGUGUGUGUGUGUGUGUGUGUGUGUGUGUGUGUGCGCGCCUGUGUCUUUGGGGGUGGGGGCUGUGUGGGUAUAGGUCAGAGGUCAACCUCAGUGGAACCUCCUCCAGUUCUACCUACCUUGUUUUUUGAGAGAGGGUCUGUCACUGGCCUGGGACUCCCAAGUGGGUUUAUGUAAUGUUGAGAGUCCAGGGAUCCGCCUGUUUCUGCCUCUCCAUUGCUGACAUCACAAACCACCACACCCCACCAUAAAUGAGUCUUUGUUUUGAAAAAUAGUUUUUUUUUUCAAUUCGGUCUCCAACUCAAAAAAAAUGCACAUGCAUUCAACAGCUGAGUCUCUGACACACGACACUUACUCAGUUGACCAAAUAGUGUUUAAUGCUAGUGGAUUCAUGAGACCCCUGGGAACUCUGCAGACCCUGACAGAAACCUGGGGUGACCUAUGGAUUGGGGGAACCCCUGAUCUCCCAGAAUCCUAUUAGCCUUGUGAAGAUUCUGAAAGUUAUCUAGUGUUAUGUCUAUAAUUAUUUUAUUGUAUUGAGACAUGGUCUCAAUAUGUAGCUCAGGCUAGCUUCUCGAGUACUGUGAGGACAGAUGCUUGCUAUACCUGGGCUACUUUAUCACGGUCUCAUCGGAAGUCGAAGGAGGGCUUCCGGCUGGGCUGCCCCCAUGGCGGCACAGGUGUGCGCUGCUCCAGAGCCUCAGGCCUAGGACACGCAGUCUUUGUCCCGCCCUUCUGCACGCUGUGGACGUGAUAGCAUGCUCCCCGCUGAUGGCUGUGAAGUGUCUCCAGAUGGCUCCCUCUUGUGGGUGUGUCUAUUUGCACAACUGUGAGGCCAGUGACUCAGAUGGGCAGUUUCUCACAUGUCCGUACUCACACUUAGGUGAUAAGGCCACUCACUCCCUGGGCCAUUGGCAGGAAGGCAGGGACCGUGGGGGAGGGUAUUGGAGCCUAGAUGGCAGGAGUCUCGUUAGCCUUGGAGACGUCAGACUCAUGGCAGGGACUAUGGGAGAGAGACAGAAUGAGGGUCGGGAGGCCUGGGCUCUCAAGUGGGACCAGCCUCGAGCCUGAGGCAUCCUUUCAGGAAGUUCAACUAAAAUCGUCCUUUUUUUUUUUUAAUUGCUUCAAGGUGUUUUUAUUGGCACUUGGUGACCUCCUUAUAGGUUUAUUUUAGGCAGUAUUCAGGGAUGCGUCACUGACGUGCAAGAACUAAGUUUUGAGAUGAGGGUCAGGAACCUUUUGUACAUAAUUUAUUUUUUUCUUUAUUAUUUUAUCAGUAAGACAAUCAGUGUCAUACAUAGUCCAGGCUGGCCUUGAACUUGAGGCAGUCCUGCUCUGCCUAACAAUAGCUAGGAUUACAGGAAUAUGCCAUUACAUCCAACUGUACCGUUUCUUUUAUUUAAAGAUUUUUGUUUUCAUUUUAAAUUAUGUGUGUGUGGGUUCAUGUACAUGGGUGCAGUGCCCACAGGGGCCAGAAGAGGGCACUGUAUCUCAUGAAGCGGGAGUUGCGGUGGUUGUGAGCAGCUCACAUUUAAACACUGAGUCAUUUCCAAACCUUGGACAUAGUUUCUUAUCAGUGAGGACCUUCCGGGUGGUAGAGUAUUAGGUAUGAGUUCCAGAUGCUGGCAUCCAAGUCUCGUUUUUUGUACUGUGUUGUUUGAACCAAUAAAGAUGCUGACUUUCUCGGAGUGUGAUCUGGAUCUUUCUAGAGAAGCUAGAUGACCACCCCCUUGCCCUAUCCAGUGGGGACAAAAUGGCUGCCCCUGUCCCAUCCAGUAGAUGCAGGAUGAUCACCACUCUGCCCCAUCCAGGACAAUCGGAGCCUGCUUGAUAGGGGGGCUCAGCCUCCCUGUCCCCUGCCCUGGGUUCUCUCUGGAUAUUUCUCAUGUGGUCCAUCCUUGGGGUGACACCAUGAUGUCACAGUGACAGAGGGGUCAUAGGUUGGGCGGUCAGGAGCCCCAGGCUUCCCGUUCUGCAAUGUCGGGAACGAGGCAUUGCCCUCGGGACUUCCACAACCCUGUGAAUGUCAAGGUGAGAGGCACAGAGACCGGGUCAGCCAUCUUUCUUUUUUAAUAGUCCACGAAGCUGAAUGUGACUGUGCAUAGAUGUCGAUGGGGCAAGAGGCCCUUCUAUGCUACAGGUCUGAAUGAAAAAAUGAGGACAUGGCUGACGAGAGAGAAGGCUGAUUAUAGACAUGAGGGAGAGAACAGCCUGAGGCAUGUGGAAGAGCCCAGACUGAGCAUGCCCAGCAGACUGAACCGGGGCAUGAGCAGGAGCUGGGGUGGUGGGAGGUGUGGGUGUUGAGAGAGGAAGAGAUGGGGAGCAGGGGGGACGUCGGACCAAAAGAGGAGCCACGGACUAAGAGACCAAGAGAGCGCAUGGACCAAGAGGAGACAGCCAAAAUGGCUGGGUUAUAUAGGAGUCAGAGAAGCUGGGGGCUCGGGGGUAAUGAUCAGGGACUGGAGAGGGUGGGGGCAGGGUGUGUCGGCCAGGAAGACUCUGUAACAGGUACUUGUGAGGAGAGACUAAGGGAGACUGGCCAGGGUCCACUUGGAUAUGUCAAAUAGGCAUCUCUGUUAGCUCUUUGUCCCGGGUUUCUUUGAGACCCAACAAUAUCCAGUUCAGCUUGGGCUAUGUAAGACCUGGUCUACAAACAGAAAUCAGUCCCUGAGUAUGUUGAUAGAAAAAGGAAAGGCCAGAUGUGGUGGCCCAGGCCUUUAAUCCCAGCACUCUGGAGCCAAAGGCAGGUGGAUCUCUGUGAGU